AUGGCUACAAAGAGGGGGAAGGGAGAGGAUUUAUUACAAAUCAUUCCGUACGAUCUCGUGAUGGAAAUAUUGUCAUGGCUACCGGUCAAGUCUAUUCUGCGGUUCAAGUGUGUAUCCAAGUCUUGGCUAGCCAUGUUAACAAAUCCUCACUUUGUCAAGCUUCACCUGACAAGAUCCAGCAACUCCAAACUCGUGCUUACAUGUUCGUUGAACUCUAUGUACUCUUUGGAACCUCCUAUUCCAAUGCGGAAUCUCUUCGUGUCGUCUUGGACGGACAUCGUUGAAGCAGCAGCGAGUGAUGAUGAUGUAAAAGUUGAAGGAAUUGAGAUCGUUAAUCCUUGUAAUUAUGAGCAGAAGGCGUUUGUGAGGAUCGCCGGCUCUUGUCGUGGCUUGGUGUUAUGUUAUAAGCCUGGUCAUCGUGGUACGCUAUACUUGGUGAAUCCAUCAACCAGAGAAGUGAAGAGAUUGCCAGAUUUACCAUUAAUAAGUGAAAAUUAUGCUUUUGCAAUAUCACGCGGACUUGGCUAUGAUGCGUCCCAUGAUGACUAUAAGGUUGUUCAAAUCUUGUCCCCUUAUUAUUCUACUGAAUUUAUUACGUGUGUAUAUUCACUAAAAUCAAAAUCAAAUUCCUGGAGAAGGAUUUCAGAUUCUCCUUUAUCAAUUCAGGAGGACAGUUGUGGGUUGUUUCUGAAUGGAAAACUCCACUGGUUCAAUCAAGAUAUGAGUAAAAUGGGUUUUCUAAGUUUAGAUGAGGAGAAAUUCGGAUAUGUUCCAUUACCUGAUAUAAUAUUAACACCACAGCUAUUUACACCUGGUUUGAUUGGAAUUGUCAAAGGAUGUCUUUAUUUGGUAUCAGAAGCUAGCUGUUGUGGCCUCACUUUCUGGGUGAUGAAGGAAUACGGCAUGAGAGAGACUUGGACUAAAUUUGAAUUUGGCAUCUCUUGUGAUACCAUGAAGCCUCUGGAUUUCCCAAACGAUGAUGGUGAUGUAGACUUAUUUGCAAUUGGUCGUACAGAGCUUGUUAUGUGCAAUCUAAGAGAGAAAACACAUAGGCGUGUGGAGUUUUACAGUGUUCCCCUAUUUUGGGAUCAAUGGGAUGAAGCAGUAACUUGUUUGGAGACCAUUGUUUCACCCAAGUCUUACAAUCUGCUUUAG